AAUGUCUCUCUCUUCUCUUCUCUUUCUAACAUUUCAAAUUUCAAAUUUUCAAACUUUUCCUCUUACAUCAUCAUCGUACACACAAAACCCUCAAUCUUGUUCUGUUCCAAAAACAUGUUUUUCAAUUUCCUCAUCUUCAAUCCAUAACUAGAUUACUCUCAUCCUUAAACAAACCAAACUAUUCUCAAAACUGUUUCUGUUUUUCUCACAAAAUGAGGGAAGAAAAUAAUAAUAACAACAACAACCCAUCAGAAAACAAGUCCAAAGUUUCAAAAUUUUCCGAUCAAAAUCAACCACCAAAGCUUCAAACCACAAAAGGAACAAACCCCAAUAACAAUCAUUCAAAGCCAAGGUUAUGGGGUGCUCACAUUGUAAAAGGGUUUUCAGCUGACAAAAAAACCAAACAACAAUCAACUGUUCCGACAAAAAAACAGACAACAAUAACAACAACAAUCUCGGAUGUUGCUAAUCAGAAAAACCCUUUUGUUCCAGCUCAAUCAAGAGCGAAAAGAUCUCUAAUGGGUGAUUUGUCAUGUUCUCAAGUUCAUCCACAUGCUUUUCCAACACAUAGGAGACAAUCAUCAACUGAUUUAUUCACCGAGUUAGAUCAUAUGAGAAGCUUGUUGCAAGAGUCUAAGGAGAGAGAGUCUAAGCUGAAUGCUGAGUUGGCUAAGUGUAGGAAGAAUCAGAGUGAGGUUGAUGAGCUUGUGAAGAAAGUUGCUUUGUUAGAAGAAGAGAAAAGUAGUCUCUCUCAGCAAUUGGCUGUAUUGGAGAGACAGGAAGAAGUUGUGAAAGGGGAAAAUAAGCAUAGUUCUAUGCAGAAUCUUGAGCUUGAAGUUGUUGAGUUGAGAAGGUUGAAUAAGGAGUUGCAUAUGCAGAAGAGGAACCUCACUUGCAGGCUCUCUUCUAUGGAGUCUCAAUUAUCGUGUUCUCCCAAUUCUUCAGAGAGUGACAUUGUUGCGAAAUUUAAAGCCGAGGCGUCAUUGCUCCGGCUCACGAACGAAGACCUGAGCAAACAAGUAGAAGGCUUACAAACAAGCAGAUUAAAUGAAGUGGAGGAACUAGCCUACUUGAGGUGGGUGAAUUCAUGUUUACGAACCGAGUUGAAGAAUACAUGCUCAACAUUGGAUUCUGAUAAGCCAUCUAGUCCUCAAUCUGUUGUGAGUAGUAGCGGAGAUUCUAUUAGUUCUUUCUCUGACCAAAGCGGUAGCGCAAAUAGCUUCAAUUUAGUUAAGAAGGCAAAAAAGUGGGCAAUAACUAGUGAGUCACAAGUAGAGUGCACAAAUAGUAGUCUUAUUGAGAAAAAUUGGAUUGAAUCAAUUUCUGGGAGAAACAACAGAAGACAUUCAAUUAGUGGUUCCAAUAGCUCAGAGGAAGAGGUUAUUGUAUUGAAUAAAAGAAGACAAUCUAAUUGUUUUGAUUCUUUUGAAUGUUUAAAAGAAAUGGAAAAGGAAUCAAUGCCAAUGCCAUUAUCUAUUCAACAAUCUGUUUUGGAAAAGAGGGCAUUAAGGAUUCCUAAUCCUCCUCCAAGACCUUCUUCAUGUUCUAUUUCUAGCAAAACAAAACAAGAAAGCUCGGUUCAAGUUCAAGUUCAACCUCCUCCACCUCCGCCUCCACCACCACCUCCUAUGAGUUUUGCAUCAAAAAGUAAUACAGCAAUGGUAAAACGAGCGCCACAAGUGGUCGAAUUGUACCACUCACUCAUGAAGAGAGAUUGUAGAAGAGAUUCUUCAAAUGGAGGACUCUCUGAUGCUCCUGAUGUUGCAGAUGUUCGUAGUAGCAUGAUUGGAGAAAUCGAGAACCGUUCGUCACAUUUACUUGCUAUAAAGGCAGAUAUUGAAACACAGGGAGAAUUUGUAAAUUCAUUGAUUAGAGAGGUGAACAAUGCGGCAUAUGAGAACAUAGACGACGUAGUUGCAUUUGUGAAGUGGCUUGAUGAUGAACUUGGCUUCCUUGUGGAUGAAAGAGCUGUUCUUAAACAUUUUGAUUGGCCAGAGAAAAAAGCCGACACAUUAAGAGAAGCAUCAUUUGGAUAUCAAGAUUUGAAAAAGUUGGAAUCUGAAGUUUCCUCCUACAAGGACGACCCUCGGCUACCUUGUGAUAUUGCUCUAAAGAAAAUGGUUGCAUUAUCAGAAAAGAUGGAACGUACAGUUUAUACACUUCUCCGCACGAGGGAUUCACUAAUGCGAAAUUGCAAGGAGUUUCAAAUUCCUGUAGAAUGGAUGCUUGAUAAUGGAAUCAUUGGCAAGAUAAAACUAGGGUCAGUUAAAUUGGCCAAAAAGUAUAUGAAAAGGGUAGCCAUGGAAGUUCAAACAAAGUCAGCAUUUGAUAAAGAUCCUGCAAUGGAUUACAUGGUUCUCCAAGGAGUGAGAUUUGCUUUCAGAAUCCAUCAGUUUGCAGGAGGAUUUGAUGCAGAAACAAUGCAUGCAUUUGAAGAACUUCGCAAUCUUGCUUCUCUACUUAACAAAACAUAAAGAGAAUGAUGAGUUCCAGCUUACCAUCUCAGUAAGCCAUAGUAUAACCUUAUUCAUAGGUGCAAUCAUUCUGGAUUAUUUUGUCUAUGAUUGCAUUACAUUUUGGUAGUAAGAGAUUGGCAAGAUUUUGUUGUAUACUGGUGCAUUUUGGGCUAGAAAACGGUAUCAUUCAAAUAGUAAGAAAAAUCAAAUUAUAUAUAUUACUGUAAUAUUGUUUUUUUACCGUUAGUAUGUUAAUUGUUAAUUUGUUAGUAUUUGUCGAUAAUGGGGAACGAGUAUUCUGCUGUUACAGCAGGACGCGGUAAUAGAUAAGGACCGUCCAAUCACAAUUGUGUAGCCGAGAACAUUUUCAGUAAUGUUGUAAAUGAAUUAUUCUGGUCCGGUUGAUCUGAUAAUCA